UCUCUCUCUCUCUCUCUCUCUCUCUCUCUCUCGUCAAGCUAGCCACUUUGUGCGCCCUACACGCGCUGUCAGCAUUAUCUAAACCAAAACUAAACCCAUCAACAAUUUAUAGCGAUCUUCUUCCCAUAUAUAUACUUACUCCUCCAUGUCGGACGUGCCUCUUGUGGCUCUGUCUGUCGACCGCGGCCUAAUUGAUCAAUUCCUGACAACAACAACCAUGGACAUCACUAGAUUCACGUCUAAUACCAAAACCAACAACAAAAAACCAUUAUUCAUGAGUGAUAGAUCAGAUCAAGACUACUCCAACGACAACUCUCCUUCCACUACUGAAAACGGCUCAGAAUCUCCUCCCUCCACCACCGUCUUCAACGACCCCAUGAAAAUCAGUACUUCUAUUUCCUCCCCCAAGAAAAGUAGGCGAUCUGUACAGAAAAGAGUAGUGUCAAUUCCGAUCAAGGAAGUUGAAGGGUCACGCUUAAAGGGCGAGAUCAGCGGUAGUACUCCGCCGUCCGAUUCAUGGGCCUGGAGAAAGUACGGUCAGAAGCCCAUCAAAGGCUCCCCUUAUCCCAGAGGGUAUUACAGGUGCAGUACCUCAAAGGGCUGCCCGGCUAGAAAACAGGUCGAGAGGAGCCGCGUGGACCCCACCAUGCUCGUCGUCACCUACUCCGCCGAACACAACCACCCUUGGCCGGCUUCUAGAAACAAUCAUCACAACCACCACCGCAGCCAAUCAGCCGCCGCCACGUCAGCCUCCGCGAAACUCCUGAAGGAGGAGGCUCCGGAGACUCAGCCCGAACCGGAACCGGAUCCCGAGUCGGAAGAGAGAUUUGCCGGCCUUGUCGGGGACGAGUUCGUCGGGUGGUUCGGGGACAUGGAAACGACGUCGUCGCGGGUACUGGAGAGCCCUAUAUUCGCGGAUGCUGACGUGGCACCGUUGGUGUUCCCGAUGAGGGAGGAGGACGAGUCGCUGUUCGCCGAUCUCGGGGAACUGCCGGAGUGCUCGCUGGUGUUCCGCCACUACCGUGGAGUGGGACCAGAGGUCGAGAUCUGCUGACACGUGUGCCUGCCCCAUAUAAUAUUAAAAUAUUUAAUAUACACACGAGGGAGAUUACAUUCACAUAUGAAAUAUAAUUGAAUAUCAUUUUGGCAUUCAACGGUGGAGAAUCUUGCGCCAUAAGAUACCAAAAACAUUUUUUUUUUUGUUUUUUUUAUUUCUGAGCGAGCAUUGAGAUUUUAUUUUUAACACAUUUGGUUUUAUGAUUUUUUUUUUUUUAACUCUUUUGCCUUGAUCUUAGCGUAGUGAUUAGUGAAUGUGAAUGAAUAAGAAAGGGUCUUAACCUGUCCAAGAAAAUAAUAACAAAAGAGUCUUGAUCUUGACUCAGUCUUUUGUGUCUCGUUUGUAAUUACCAUCAAUGGCCGUUAAUUCCCAAGUAGCCAGUGGUCCCCACUUUUAUUAGAUAUUUUACUCGGACCCAUCAAUCAAUAUAAUUCGUUACAAUCAAAGAAUGUUUAUUAUAGUCUUAGAAUGUGACCAAAU